AUGUCUACCUCUCUUGAUCCGGCUCCACAAGUAGCCGCCUACGGCACCUGGGAAAGCCCUAUCCAGCCAGACCACUUCGCCGCCCCAGGGUCUGUGGGCCUGGAUGAGGUCUACGUGAACCGCAACAACGGCAACGUCUACAUCAACGAACUUCGCGCUGAUGAAGAUGGCCGAGGCGUGAUCGUCGAGUUCAUACACGACGGGAAGUCUAAAGACGUCCUUCCCAAGCAGUUCAAUGCCAUCUCGCAGGUCCAUGAGUACGGCGGUGCCUCUUUCGCUGUAAACCAGGCCACCAGUCUUCUCGUCUUCACGGACUGGGUCACUAAGAGUGUCUUCAACCUGGAUCCCGAUAGCCAACAUGUUGAGGCAAUUGUCGAAGCAGACUUGAGGACAUACUAUGCGGACUUCGAUGUGCACCCUGUGGAUCACAAAUAUGUCGUCGCGAUCAUGGAGAACCACCACCCCGCAACCAUAUCCGACGUAGAGAAUUCGCUCGUUGUCAUUGACUCGGCCACGAAAGAAGUCCGAACGCUGGCGCAAGGCUCCGACUUCUAUACCUUUCCACGCUUCAGCCCCGAUGGCAAGAAGCUGGCCUGGGUCCAAUGGAAUCAUCCAAACAUGCCGUGGGACAACACUGAACUAGCCAUCAAGCUAGAUGGACUGGCCGAGUCUGAGUUCGGCUUCCCCGAAUGGUUUCUGGGGGGUUCGUCGUACGCUCUCUUGGAGGCUACAAAGCUGGUUGCCUGUUAUAAUCGAAACGGCCGUUGGACUAUAAUUGAGGUGGACACAGACACGUUCAAAUGGCGGGAUUUGGGCCUCCCCAUUGUUCAAAUUCCAAUCAAUGCCUUAAAAGCUGUCGGUGACACAAGCUUUGUGGUGAUUGGCUCAACAUCUUCUCUACCUAAUGUAGCUACGGUAGUGAAUGUCAGCCACCCUGGGCUGGGUAGGGUCUUGCGCAGAUCAAGCACUAUUUCUCUGCCUGCGGACUAUAUCUCAUCCCCACAAAACGUCGUCUUCCCCAGGGUUCAUGGUCCUGGAGGGGGUAAUGCUUCAGGACUGUUCCUACCCCCACGCAAUGCACGUUACAUUGGUCCGGAUGGCACUCUCCCUCCUCUCAUCGUCGCUAUGCACGGUGGAGCGACCUAUCAAAAUGGCUUGGGAUUCUACCUCCGUGACCAUGCUCUUACAACUCGAGGAUAUGCCCUUCUGCAGGUCAACUAUGUCGGUGGCUCGGGCUAUGGCCGAUCUUAUCGUGGCCUGGUAGCCACACAAUGGGGCGUGAGCGACAUUGCUGAUGCAGUCUCCGGGAUCGAGUAUCUCGCUAAGCAAGGUCUGAUUGACAUCUCCCGGGUUGGUUUAACGGGGCAUUCGGCCGGGGGGGUACGCCACGAUGCAGGGGUUGGCGAAAUAUCCCUCGCUGUGGGCCUGUGGCGUGGCCGAAAGCAGUGUCUCGGAUAUGGCUCUGUUGGCAAAAGAGACGCACAAAUUCGAGUGUCAAUACCUGGCACCUUUGAUGCAAUUCUAAAAGAGCGCAGUCCUCUAUCUCACGCUGCAAAAAUCACCAGCCCGAUCCUUAUCAUUAGCGGAGCAGAUGAUACCGUUGUGCCCCCAAACCAAGCAUACCUUCUUGCCAAGUUGAUCAAAAAUGCCGGGACUGAGGUGAGUCUCAAAAUCUAUGACGGCGAAGGCCACGUUUUUGCCAGGGGAAGCACAUUGAGCAAUAUCGAGACCUGGAGAUAUGCGUGGUUCAGGAAGUAUUUGGCCAAGGAGAGCUGA